AUAGCAAAAGAAGAAUUUGCUUCGUCACCACAUCAUCCAAUUAAUAUAAGAAAAAGGAUUCAAGAAUCCGAGUAUCGUUUACGGUUUGCCAAGUGUGUCAAGGCCAGUUUAAAACCAAAUAAUGAGUUUAAUAAAUUCAUUGAAGCAGUCAUAAGAUCUGAUUUGGAACAGUUGCCUAAAAAUGAACCGCUCCGAAGUUGGCACAUCAAUACCGAUGCUAUCCCUCCGAUUGUGUUUAAUCAAUUUCUAUCUGAAUUUAAACAACUUUGUAUAAUUGAUAAUAAAUAUAGAUUUAUUCUUCCUGAUGAUAUUAAAAUUUGGGUUAAAAAUAGUUGGGAGUUGCUCACGGAUGAUUUAACAUUACCGAAUUUAAACAAACCAAAAUAUAAUAGGGAAGACGAAAUAUUCUUUCUACAAAUUCGAAAUAUAUUCUUAAAGUAUAAAGAUAUCUCCAUAAAGGAAAUUUCCAAGAAAACUUGGUUGACAGAUACAGUUCAUCAAUUUUUAGAAGCAGCUGUAUGUGAUAUUCCUGGGCUGUCUGUUCACUCCACAUGCGCUACUCUUUUGAGACACCUUGGAAAUGAAGAAAAUCGUAAACCUGACAGAACUGUAAGAUUAAAACUUGAAGACAACCAGUUCGAAAUUCUCUAUGUAGAAGAAACAUCAUUAAUUUCGACAAUUAGUAACCGAAGAGCUCAUCCACUGAUAUAUACAACUACUUUCCAUAAUAUCAAAAUACCAUUCCCAACUAAAGAUCAUGUUCUACAACUGUCAAGAGGAUUGAAAUUAAUUUCAAUGAUGUGGGAAAUUCGAAAUGUGUUAAAAAUUAUUUCUAAUAAUUGGAGAAACAUUUUAGACAGCAUGGAAAAAAUAACAAUAAUACUAGCAGAACAACGAGUAAAAAUUGAUGAAAAUAUUCCUCAAUUUAGAAACUUCAUUCCCGGGCAAUAUCAACCAAUACAAUACUCUUAUAAUUAA